AUGAAGAAGUGCACGUCGUUCCUGCUGUUGGCGUUUUGCCUGGGCGCACUGGUUGCCAUCAGCGCGGCUGAAGUCUCAUUCGAGCCCGGCUGGGCGAAAGCCGCGUUUGCCUCCUUUGUGAAGCACUACUGGAGCACCAGCGAUCGCUACCUCCUCAACCAGUACCCUUCCAACGGCCAAGCUACGCAGUACUGGACGGCCGCGCAGGGGUUCGACACGCUCAUCGACGCCGUGCGGCUCUACCCGACCGAUCAGUACUACCGGAGCCUCCUCGACGCCUUCUACGAGACCCAAGACAAGAUCGGGUGGCUGCGCUCCUAUUACGACGAUGAGAACUGGAUGGGGAUGGCGCUGGUGCGGGCCUACGAAGUGACGCACGACCGCCGCUUCCUCGACAAAGCCGUCUUCCUGUGGAAGGACAUCACCGGCGCCUGGGACACCUCCUGCUGCGGCAACAUCCCAGGCGGCAACUGGUGGGACAAGCAGCACACGCAGAAGGCGACGGCCUCGAACGCGGGGCCGGUCAUCCUCUCGCUCAUGCUCCACAGCCACUUCCCCACGGACCGCAGCUACAGCGCCUUCGCCGAGAAGGUCUAUCACUUCUGGCUGGAGCACAUGGUCAACCCGUCGACGGUGGGCGAUGCGGCGGUGCUGUUCGAUGGCACCAACAGCGGAUGCCAGGGCGACUGCGAGCAGUUCAAGGGUCCCGCCUUCAGGUACCUGACGGCCCUCUACCACGCCCUGGCCAAACAGGGCGCCCACGCUCCCACAAGUGGUCCCUCUGCUGGCCAGAUCCACGAGUUCCUGAAGGCCAAUGUGGACACAAUGUGGGCGAAAGCGCGCAAUCCAACGCUCAAUCUCUUCUCGGUGGACUGGGCCGGGCCUGCACCCGUGCCCAAUCCCUCUGCCCCGGUCUACCAAGCCCAGCAAAACGCGGCCACCAUGGCACAACUCCUUUUCGCCUCAAACUUCUGA